CGGCGGACAACAACCAGAAAGAUCACCGUUGUGCAACCUGUAUGAGGUUACAGAUGAAACAAUCGAGUAUUUAAUUGAAUUUAAAAAAAUGAUGUGGGUCGCCAGGCGAUUGCUGUCGUCUGUCGCUCAGAUGAGUCGGCAUGCCGGGCAGGUCGGCUUGUUCCGUCGCCCUCGGCACGGCUGCCUCCCAGAGCUGGAGCUGCGGUACCUGCAGUGCACAUGCUGCUGGCGGAGCCGAGUCCCCGUGGCGGCCUUCGAGACCCUGAACGACACCCUGUCCUCUGCUUCGGAUCCCUGCAAGGAGGACAACCGGUCCCUGGACGCCUGCUACACCUACGAGCAGCGGGUCGUCAUCCUCCAGCUGCUCAACACCGGCACACAGUCGGAGCUGGCGGCCGUGAAGCUCCUCAGGGGCCGCAAAUCGCUCAACAUCGUGGAGUACAGGACUAAACACGGGCCCUUCAGGACCCUGGAGAGCGUGGUGAAAGUGCCGCUGCUGAAGCACAAAAGUGCCGUCACGGUGUUCAACUCUAUUCUCAACCCGGUGAAGAAGGAGAGGAAAGUGAGGAUUCAGUUGGCCAAGUUCAUCAGGCCGGAAGUUGACAGGUCCUGGCUGGAGGAGGCCAGUAAUGUUGUGUCACUCGUAUGUGGGACUGAUAAAAUCGCCUGGGCUCAUGUGGACCGGGGGAUGGCAGUGCUGGAUUGGCAAGAGCUGGACUGUCCAAAUUUCCUGAAGGGAUCAUACAUGGCGUCUGCCUACUUGAAUGAUGUGUCUGCGGCCGUGGCGCUCCUCCCGCCAGCUGACUUCUACAUCAUUGAGAAAUCCUCCAUCUCUAUUCAGAAUACGACCCUGUUCCCCAUCCUGGCCCACAUGAGGACUGUGGAGGCCAUGUUGUUCACUCUGCUGGAGCCCAGAAACGUACCACCCGAGUCAAACAUUCCUCCAAGAGUUUUGAACAUGAUGCGCACCGCUGUGGGACGUCACUUCGGACUCAUGGUGGGAGAGUCGCGGACCAGCGGCGCUCAGACAGUGCGACAGCUGAUGAUCGAGUCGGUGACUCAGAAGCUUCCCAGGAUAAACUUCCCCCCCGAGCUGCUGAUGAGGCACAGGAAUUCUUUCCAGAUGGGCAGCAGGAGAGGAGGGGAGGAACUCUGUGACGCUCUGCUCCAGGCGGUGACUUUUUACGAGCUCCUCAGUGAAUCUCCCAGUUAGCCGCCGCCACCACCACCACCACGUGGAACCGUCUCUAACCAUGACACCCUAAGCCCUUUUGGACUUGAACCCAACAUUUACCUCCUGGAACAGAUUUGCUGGUUAUUCGCGGCACAUUUUAAAGUCUUGAAUACUUUGUUAGAUGUUUGAUUUGGACACUUGAAGUAAAUGCUGUCUGCCAUCUUCC